UUUAUAUUCGUGUGUUAUCCUCAAGGUGUAUAUAUCGAGGUGCGGAGUGGCUCCGGGCCCCAGAUGUUCUGUGGCUCCUGUACGAGCAUGGAGAGUUACUGGUCCCUGCUGUUGGUGCUCCUGCUGGUGCUAGCCUCUGCUCUCUCCGCUCCUGCUGCGGACGAAGAGUGCCAGCAGGAUGUAAACUGCUUCCUGCCGAAUUGCCUUUGCGGGUCGACGGAGCCUCCUGGAGGCCUCUCCCUGGAAGAUGUGCCGCAGUUCGUCGUCCUCUCCUACGACGACGCCAUCACCACCACCAACUUCGACUUCUACCUGGACUUCAAGGACUUCGUGAACCCGAACGAAUGCCGGAUCUCCAUGACGUUCUUCGUGUCGCACCUCUACUGCGACUACAGCAAAGUCAACGAGCUCCACAGACUCGGCCACGAGAUCGCUCUGCACUCCGUCACGUCAGCAUCAUUACCAGUAGCAACUGCAGUACUAACAAAAUAUAACAGUAGCAUCAUUGCAAUCACCAUCAAUAGCCAGAAAAAAUUUCAUUUUCCCUUUUUGAUUAUUUUCUCAGCUUUUCCACUUUACAAAUCCUGUCUUCAGGGGUGGCGCGCCCCCUUCCUGGAAGUAGGUGGAGACGAGAUGUUCUCUGCCGUAAGGGACCUCAACCUUCUGUACGACUGUUCGUGGCCCACUCUCAAGUAUACUAACUGGUACGGCGACCGCCCUGAGGGCGCCAUCUGGCCCUACACACUAGACUUUCCCAGCAUCCAGGACUGCCAAGUGGGUCGUUGCCCCACCGAGCGGUUCAACGGGACCUGGGUCUUGCCCAUGGUGGACCUAAAAGACAACACUGGGGAAGGCUGUGCCAUGCUCGACACCUGUCGCAGUGUUGACGACGAGCUCCUGACGAGCGCCGACGCGGUCGAAAAUUUCCUGAGGAGGAACUUCAACCUUAACUACUACACCAAUAAGGCUCCUUUUGGACUCUACGUCCACCACUCCUGGUUCUACGAGAAUCAGAUCGACAACACAGAAGCCAGGAAGGACGGCUAUACCAGGUUCCUGCAGUGGCUGUCUGAGAAGGACGACGUGUACGUAGUGUCUCUGGACCGCAUGCUGGCCUGGGUGAGGAACCCGGUGCCUCUGAGCGAGGCCGGUACCUCGGACGCGCUCUCUUGCACGGGGUACGACCCGGACUCGAACUGCUUGGAUCCCAUCAUCUUCGACUUCUUCCAGGAUGAUAACUUGCCGACCACUGAGACGAUGAUCAGGAUGGGCUCCUGCACUCGCCCCCAGCCGGAUUAUUAUCCUUGGAUCUACAAUCCAUACGGCGACCAGGAUAUACCAAUCGAGGCAAUCCCGUGACCUGCUUCGGUGGGCGGUUCCUCGGGUGGCAUGAUAAUUUCUCUUGUGAAUUAUGUGCUAUAGAUUCGACCAUCUUCUGACCUGUACUCAAGUUAGUUAAUUGUUAUGGGGGAUAUUUGAAGCUUCUUUGUACCGCUUGUAAGGACCAAAGACAACACACACACACUGCUCACAGAUUGCCUUCUCACAGACACACUGCUCACACACAGACUGCUCACAGACACACUGUUCACACACAGACUGCCCACAGACACACUGCUCACACACAGACUGCUCACAGACACACUGUUCACACACAGACUGCCCACAGACACACUGCUCACACACAGACUGCUCACAGACACACUGCUCACACACAGACUGUUCACAAAUGAUUUGCACUAUACAUAAAAACUGACUUCCCGGUGUAAUGUAUAAUGUUGUCAUAAACAAUUUCAUUGUAAUUUUUGAUUGAUUUUUGUUAAUAAAGUCAACUAUAAACAAU